GCGGAAGGGAAGCGGAAAAAAGGGCCCGCAUGAGCCCAUUCGUGCAACGUGGAGGGAGAAAAAUGUCUGAGAAACAGCAGCAAGACGGCGGGAGCGUCGCUCGGCAGAUAGGUAAGGUGAAACAUACCCUCUGGGACACCCAUGCUUUUCAGUGUUAAGGCUCACAUACUUUCACAGCUCUGAAGAUAAUGAGGAGAUGAAGCAGGUUUCUAACACUACAGUAGAAAACCUGGAGGACAAGCUGAUGCAAUGCAGAGAAGACUUGGAAGAGGUGGAUUUUAAGCUCCGGAGAGAAGAAAUGACUCCUGAGAGAAGAGAAUCACUGGAGAAAGAGAAAAGCCUGCUAACAAGCAAAGCUGAAGCAUAUGAGAAAGAACUAAAAGCCCUUCGCCAAGAGAAUCGCAAGAUUGUCGCACUUUCAGCUGCCAUCGUGCUCUUGGUUGUUGUUAUUUACACCUGCUGGACAAUGUGAUUAUUUGAUGGUAACCUCUUCCUCCCCUCACCAGACUAACUCGAAGGUUCAGUCAGCUUCCCAUGUCACUUUGACACCUCUUAGUCAUCACAGGCAAUUCAUUGCUGACACUUGAAAAAAAUUAGCAAAGCACAAACAGUUUCUCAGAAACAUGGGGCUUUUUGGUAACAGAGCCGCAGUUACAGGAUAGUUUUUGCAAAGGGACAGCAGGAUGUCAUUUUACUGUGUUUUAGCACCAGGUGAAAACUGUGUUGUUCACACAAGCCUUACUGUGGAGGUCUUCAUAAUUUUAAUGUGAUUUUUCUGUUUUAUAUCUGUUUUUUAAUGUGUCUUUGAUCUAGUCAGUGAAUUUCUGCUACAGAGCAGCCAUAGAAGCAGAGUUAAUAAAUACAAUUUACUCUAGUAAUCAAUAAUGUCUUCAUUUGUCUGCUCUUAGAAAAACCUCCUGUAAUGUCUUGAAUGUUCCUGUAUCAGUCAUUUUAAAGCUGAAGCUUUCUGUCUUGCCUAUUUUUUUUUCUUUAUGCUUCAUCUGCCCACUUCUAGUCCUUGCAUCUUUUUCUGCUCAUAUUGCAUGGGCAGGAUCCAUCUGUAACACAGAACCUAUGUCAAAUAUGAAAGCUGUAUUUGUUUAUAUAGUUCUGUAAUGGAACUUAAUGUAACAACUCGCCUUCUACUGAUCAAACCAAAUUUGAUAAAGCUUUAGUUGAUGCCAAACAUGUUUCUAAACCCUAAGGCAUUCAUAAACCUUUUGAAAUAUAAGGCAGGGUUUAUCUAACAGCAGAGAUUGUUCAAGCUGAAAAGAUCACUGUUCUUAUUGUGAAAACCCAAUCUCCCCUUCCGCUUUCUGAAAAUGCCUUUGAACACAGAACAUGCUCAAACAUGCAUGCUGUCAGUUCAGCCAGGGCAGCUAUACAUGUUUCUCUGAUUUCUCACUUUCUCACUUGCUUUUUAAACGUCUUGGUUUCUCAUCAUGCUGUGUGCACUUUUCUUACUCACCCAAGUAUUGUAUUGAUUUCUGAGGUUUUUCUAUUUCAGGCUUCUUUAACCUCAAUACCUGAACAUUCAAAGGCUUUUCUAUUGAAUAGCUUUGUAUGUUCUUCCUCUUUAAAAACGUUUGCUUUCUUAUUGCCUGGCCACAACAUUUUGACCACACUUUGAUGCUGCUCAGCUAUCCAUGUCUCUAUUCUCAGCUGAACUGUUAGACUUGCACAGAGAUGGCAGGCUGCUACAGAUAUUAGAAUUUUCAGUACUACUUAUUAAUGGAACUGGUUUACAUUUUUAAGAAUUGCAUUUUAAUCCCUAAAUUAUUGAAGCCUAUAGUCUCACUAGAUUGCAUAUACUCCAGAUUACUUAUAACCUCAUAAUCGUAAAUGUGUGUUCCUGUGCUUUUAGUCUGGAAACAUACACUUCAAUCAACUGUGGACUAUUUACUCAAUUUUGUAUAUAACUUGUGUGUUUUAAUUUUAAGUGGGAGAUGUUAUAGUUGUUAUCUCUAAUACUAUUUUACUAUAAUCAUCCUUUAAAAUCCUCUACAAACUCCCUGAAAGAAAAAGUUCCAAAUGUUGUUAUUUCUUUGGAGAAAUACCUUUGUUUACGCAUCUUCCUUUGAGAGUUGUUUACAGUGACAAGACUGCAAAAUUCUAGUUAUCCUAAAACUACACUUUUUCAGUGAGUUGGGGUCUUGGUAUAAGGAAACUUUAGUUGGCUGAUUGUAUUUUCACUUUUAAGUGCAACACAUCAUUUUAAACUUCCCUCUGUUCCAUUUUUUUAAAAAUAAAUAUAUUCUAUUGGAAAUUACAAA